GCAUUAAAUGUUCCGGUGUUUCUAUGCGGUGACUGACUGUACACCUUUUCUAACAUUUAUGAAUUAUCAUGGCUACUACCACCAUUGCCUCCGCAACAGAACCUCCUGGGUUAGAAACACAGCAGCGAGACAUCGAAAGCUUACUCCUGGAGCAUGAGCUGCGUGUUGGGGAUAGCUGGUAUCUGGUGGGAAACAGAUGGUUUGACUUGUGGAAGGAGUACGUGACGGCAGGAGACCAGAAUGCUCCGUCGUUUCCCGGACAUAUUGAUAACACCGAGCUCUAUGAAGACUUGGACUCAUACCGGCUGAAGGAGAGACUGGUGGAAAAUGAGGACUUUGUCCUGGUUCCAGCUGAAGCCUGGCGUAAGUUGCUGUCCUGGUAUGGCUUGGUGGAUGAUCAACCUCCUUUGGAAAGAAAGGUUAUUGACCUUCCAAGCACAGUCAAAGUUGAGAUCUACCCAGUGGAAGUCUUCCUCUGUCUCCAUAGCGACAUGGACAACAUUUUAACAGCUCAGUUCAGCCGAGCAGACACCAUACUCAGCAUUCAGAAGCUGAUACAGAAGCAGUUUGAUGUUCCGGAGAAUGCUGAACCCAGACUGUGGAUGAAGAGUUCUGACACCAGCUGUGAUAGGCUACGCAAUGUCCAUAUGACUGUCCUCGAUUCCUGCCUCACCUCCGGCAUGACUGUGAUUAUGGAGAUACGGAAUGCAGACGGCACCUGGCCCAGCUCCAGACCCCAGAUCAUGAGGAACUCCAUGGAGGACCAGGAUAUGUACCGUGGGCAGCCUGGAGUAUGUGGCCUCAACAACCUUGGCAACACCUGCUUCAUGAACUCUGCCCUGCAGUGUCUGAGCAACACGCCGCCACUGACGGAGUACUUCCUGUGCAGUUCGUACCUGGACGAGCUGAACUUCACCAACCCUCUGGGCAUGAAGGGCGAGAUCGCUGAGGCCUUUGCCGAUGUCAUCAAGCAGAUGUGGUCAGGGAGACACUACUCUGUGAUGCCUCGUGUCUUUAAGACCAAGGUGGGCCAUUUUGCCUCCCAGUUCCUGGGCUACCAGCAGCAUGACUCCCAGGAGCUUUUGUCCUUCCUGCUGGACGGCCUGCACGAGGACCUCAACCGCGUCAAAAACAAAGAGUACAUCGAGCUCAGGGACGCAGAUGGCAGACCAGAUCAGGAAGUAGCAGAGGAGGCGUGGCGUAACCACAGGCGACGGAACGACUCUGUGAUCGUGGACACAUUCCAUGGACUGUUCAAGUCCACGCUGGUUUGCCCUGAGUGCCACAAGGUGUCUGUGACCUUUGACCCUUUCUGUUACUUAAGCAUACCCCUGCCAGUUAGCAAGGAAAGGGUCAUGGAGGUGUUCUUCGUUUCCCUUGACCCUUUGGCCAAACCUGAGCAGCACCGGGUAGUCGUCCCCAAGGCUGGCCUGGUGUUUGAUCUGUGUACAGCCCUCUCUCAAGCCACACAUGUCCCUGCUAACCAGAUGGUUGUGGCAGAUGUGUUUAAUCAUCGCUUCUACAAGAUCUACCAGGCCGAUGAGUCUCUCAGCUGUAUACUGGACAGAGAUGACAUCUUUGUGUAUGAAGUGAGCAGCAGCAGCGUGGACCGGGAGGAGGACGAGGAGGUGCUGCUGGCCGUGUACAUGCGCGAACGCUCCCAAUACCGCGACUACGGCUCCGGCGGCAGCUCCUACAGCACCACCCUCUUUGGCCACCCGCUCCUCAUGGUACUGUGGCGGAGCCAGUUCACCCGCGAGGCUCUCUACCAGAUCUUCCUCCAGCGGCUAGCGCGAUACGUUCAUCAGCCAGACCCUGAGGAAGUGGAAGAGGAAGGCGAGAACGAAGAAGAGAAUGAUGAGGAUGAAGAGUCGCAUAAGAGUCAGACCAAUGGAGUGGGUGGAGAUGAGAUUGAGGAAGACUCAAAGGGAGAAGGGCCAUCCAAGAAAAAAGCACAGGAGAACGCUCGGGAUGAUGGACAGAGUAAUGUCCAGUCAGAAGCGAGUCACAGCAGUGAAGGGGAGGAGAAAGCAGAGGAGGAGGAGGAGGAGUCGAACAGCGAACCGGAAACGGGUGGUAGCACAGAGGAGGGCCAGAUGGCUUGUGCCAGUACAGACAACUCCCAAGAUGCCAUUGAUGGGGAACAAGGUGCAACACGGGCCUCUGGGAAAGAGGCAGAUGAUGAUGAGGAAGAUGGGGAGGAGCCCAUCGCUCAGGCCAGUAAGAGGCUGACGGGCAGGCGGUGCUGCGCUGUGAAAAGGAAGAAACAACUCUUCACCAUCCAAGCCGUGAACUCCAACGGCACGACGGAGAGAGGGAUGGGAGAAGGGAGCAAUGCGUUCUCCUACAGCACUCAGCUCUAUGUGGCUAUUGACUGGGACCCUGACAUGAAGAAAAAAUAUUACAAUGAAAAUGAAGCAGAGAAGUAUGUUAAAGACCAGAGCAUGGACAUCCCCCAGCAACAGCCCACAGUGCAGCUGCAAGCGUGCAUCGAGCUCUUCACCACGGUGGAAACGCUCGAGGAUGAAAACCCCUGGUACUGUCCAGUGUGUAAGAAGCACCAGCUUGCGACUAAGAAGUUGGAUCUGUGGUCUCUUCCCGAGGUCCUGAUCAUCCACCUGAAACGCUUCUCCUACACCAAGUACUCCCGUGAGAAACUGGACACUAUUGUCGAGUUUCCUCUGAGGAACCUGGACUUUUCUGACUACCUCCUGAGGAAGACUGGCACCAACUCUGAACCUCCCAGCAGAUAUGACCUGAUUGCUGUCUCAAACCACUAUGGCGGACUCCGAGACGGACACUAUACCAGCUAUGCUAAGAACAAGGACGAUGGCCAGUGGUAUUACUUUGAUGACAGUAAAGUUACUUGUGCAAAUGAGGAACAAAUUGUGACCAAUGCUGCCUAUGUGCUGUUCUACCAACGCCAAGACAAGAUUCGCCAGCCCACCCUCCCUGCCCCUGAUGAUCACAUCACUUCCUUCAACCAUGAUGGACUGGCCGGAGCCAUGGAGUUAGACUGAAACAGCACUGUUCAUGCUUUUGUUUGUUUUUCUCUCGCCUUCCUCCCUUCUCCCUCUUUGUUUCCAUUCGGGCCCACUCUCAGGUUAACGGGGGAGUUUGUUUUUAGUUUGUCAUCUUUUGUUGGUGGGUUGGUUGUUUUUACAAAGAAUAAUAAAAAAACUUGAACCUCUUGCCUCUCGUCUAACCACCACAGGAGGUGAGGGGCAGAGGCUACUCUCUCAGGCAGGUGCAGAGGUAUCAUGGGUAGGGUACUGCGGGUUGUAGUUCUUUCUUUACGCGAAGCACACAGGAACUGGUUUAGCUGGUGGUGGUAGGCUGACGCGUAGCCUGAUUUGUUUGCAUUGUGUCGUCUGUUUGGUUUUUUUUGUUUGUUUUUUUUGUUUUUUUUCUUUUCCUCCUUUGAUGUGGAUUUAAGAGUUUGCAUGGGCUUGUGGGUUGUGUGAGUUUGGGAUGUAGGAGUGUUAUGCUGCCAUUUAUCACUUGUUCUAGUUAGUGACUGCUUUUUAGAUGAACUGAUUUUCUUUCAACCACAUCCUUAGACUGUGUUCGUAAAGAUGGAUAGCCGAUUUAGUGCACAAGUGUGGAGGUCAAGUUCAGAAAGUAAAAAAUCCUCUCCAGGAUUUUCAUCUGUCUGGAUUUACUUAGUUCAAGACAGAUGGUGGAACUAAUCUGUGGAAUCUGUUGGGUGAUACAAAAUCAAGGGCUCAAUAAUGCUCCAAUCCAAAUACACAUCCUUGUUCCUAAAGGAACUAGAAAGCUACGGUUGUGGCUUUAAGCAAGCCAUAAGUCAGUUGGAAUUCUCCAUUUAUUUUGUUACUUUUUUCCUGAAACUAGGCAUGAUUUUUUUUUUUUUUUUUAUGCAGUUUAUGGUGGCCCUUGAUUCAGUUACACUUGAAGUUAUUCUGGGUUCAGUGUUGUAAACUGUGAAUGCAGCCUCGUGUGGGAUCGGCCAAGUGUAGCACUAUGCUUCUGCUUCUUUUUCUUACUCAUUUCGAAGGCGUACUUCACACAGGCUUACCAGCGCAGCAAACGGGGACCAGCCGCCAUCAGGAUGCUCCUGCAAGCUAUGAUGCCCUGCCUGCCAACUUUUAUUAACUAUUGGUCAAACUGUUCAGUUUAACCUAACACUAGACUUUAAAGGCUUUUGAAUGGAGAGCUACAACUGAUUAUGUAAUUCAGUUCAAAAAUAGGAUAGUCUGGAUUCUGGUCCAUUUUCUUUAUAUUUUUAAAAUUGCCUUCAAGAAAGAGAUUCAUAAUGCAGUUUAUUUGGGCAGUUUCAUUUUUGUUGUUUUGUGUCUCAGUAUGGACUGUUACUGUCAAAUGCUGGGGGUUGUGGGUGGUCUGUUUCUCUUUUGAAUGCUGGAACAUGCUUUAAAGAGAGUUUGGCUCAAAAUUUUCACAUGGCUAAUAACUAAUGAAGGCUUAUAGCCUUUGUACUUUUACAGCCAUCUUGGCAUUUUUUGAUCGUUAUUCUUCUUAAGCUUGGGUUGAGCCCUUUCUUCCCUCUCACAUGUAUCAGGGACAGGGUCGUCAGAAAUGUAACUGUUGGAAUACGAUUUCUGCGAACCUCUAAGAUUCGCAUACUGUGCAAAAGUAUUUUAGGUGACUGUGUGAAAAUAGCUUUGUGUCUACUCACUCACUUGUAAGCUAUUUAUUUUUCAUAACUGUCAGAUGCAGACAGUGAGUGAGUUUUAAUUCUGAUUCCAGCACAUCUAUGUCUCUGCUGUGCAAAGCAGGAGCACAAUCUUUUUCCCCCCUCUUUUUGUAUUUGUCAUUUACCAUUGGGAAAGAACCCCUGUUGCAGGACACAAACAGACAUAUUUUUCAGCAACAUUUGUAUUUAUAUCUUUAAUGAAAGGGUUUGAAACAAAUGAGGAUACAAAUAUUGCAUUCUUUUUCAUUAAUUGUGUGCAAUUUAUAAUGGACUCUUUGGAGCAAUGAGAAUAUUUCAGUAAAGUGCUUUCUGGAUAGAGCUCUUAAUGAUUUUUAAAAACAUCUGUACAGUAUUUUUGUAUCAUAAUAUCUUUGAUCAUGUGGAUCAGAUGCUGGGGUGGGUGAACUUUCAUUUUAUUUUGUUAAUAGAUGAAAUAUAUAUAUAAUUGUAUACUCAUGUUUUGAUAUGAAUAAAUCAUUGUGGUAUUGAGGUUUAGAUUUUAUGCUUUGAUAUUUCAUGGAUGUUUGACUUCCAUCACUUCACUUUACCUCGAACAGAAUCUGGGAUCUUGUUAAGAAGCUCUCAUAAAGUCUUCCUGUUAUCACCAAUUGUUACUCCCCUUGGGUACUUGCAGUAUUCAGCUAUUUGGACCACCCAUCAAAAAAGUGAUGUCUUAUUUAAUACCUUUGGCAGCCUCUUAUUAUUUAGCUUGUUCCUCAUAGUGGGGGGAGAAUUGCUCUAAAUAACCAUUGCUGCAGACAGAGGGAUCAGUCUGUUCGCAUUUUUGUUUGAAUUACUGGAGUUUAAACUUUUCCAGCUUGUUUAACAAAUGGUGAAUGAUGAACUGUCUUCCACAUUUUCAAAAGUAGAGGCCUGCAAUUUUUAAAAUGUUUUUAAAAUAUUGCUGGAUAAGAAACCGUAUCAUUGUGUAAUUUUAGACAUUCCAUUCCAGCUUUUAUCUGAAAAGACAUCCAUAGCCUAACUCCCGUUGCACUAAGAUGGGUACUUCAGCUGGGCAGGCCUGGUGUCUUCUUGGCAUCUACUCCAAAAUGCUUAAGUUAAAGCUCAAAAGUGUUGUUCUAAGCAUCACAGUAGGAUCAAUAUCUUACAUGUAUGCAUUAAACAUGUAUGUAAAGCAUCCCAUUUCUGACCAGCACAAAUUGAUUCAGUUCUGAAUAUUCAACUGAAUAUGCAACUGAAUAUUCAAAAUCCUUCCACUGCUCACUUUAAUCUCCAGCUGUAGAACAGGCUAAAGCAACUGCCACAGUAUUCCAGUCCAGUCUGCAUGCUUGGGCCAUAUGCUGUGAUCCAUAGUAUAUUUCUGCACAAUGUUCAGCAAAUAACUUGAUCACCAAAUUGGCAUAGAUCUGUGUGAAAUGUGUUGGUCAAGCAGUCAUCCAUGCAAAACUAUCCUGUAUAGAAAUUAUGCUCUGAAUAAAAGACUAAGUUGGCUUGUGAAGUGUCUUCUCUUGACCACAUGGGUUAUGUAUGCGUAAAACUGAAUUGUUUUCCUACAAUUGUUUGAUUAAUUUCCACAUGAAUCACCCCUAAAAAUAUGUGGUGAACUGCACUUACCAUUUAAUCAGCUUCAUCAGACAUCAGGCCAGAUUCAUUUCUAGAUCACCAAGGGUGCCAUAAAAAUGUUCAUGAAGUUGCUUUAUUCCAUCAUUUGUGACAUUUUCAGGCAUGUUGGCACUGAUCAGACUCUAGUUUUUACAUUUUUUUUUUACAAGAAGAGACAAUUGAAGAUGAAGGAAGGCACAGGUGGUAUGAGAGGACUAGCUGUGAAAA